AUGGCUAAUAAACCAAAAAUACCUAAGACAGUGAAAGUACAAGGGAAUGACAUCUCCCACAAGCUGCAGAUUUCUAAAGUGAGGAAAAAGGAUGAAGGCUUGUAUGAGUGCAGGGUGACCGAUGCCAACUAUGGAGACCUUCAGGAAUACAAGGCCCAGGCAUUUCUCAAAGUCAAUGCUAACAGCCACUCUCGGCGAAUGCAGGCCUUUGAGGCAUCUCCAAUGUGGUUGCAAGACAUGAAACCUCGCAAAAACAUCUCAGCAGCUGUUCCAAGUAGCGUCCAUAACUCUGCCAAUCAACGUGUACGUGCCACUUCCAGCCCUGAAGCAGCAGCCAAAAUCCCCAAACAAAGUCCACAAUCAGUUUGCUAUGUCUCUUUUGGGAAUAAAAUGAAAAGUGAAGAAAAAGCUUUUUUUGUAUCUCUUGACUACAAAUAUUUGUUCCAAAAUGGAAAUGUGUAAGGCUGUUUGGCAUGGGAAGGUGAGAUGAGAAGACACUGUCAAGUCAGAGAGAGAAAUUUUUCCUUAAGGCACUGCCUUUUAAAAAUGAGAGACUAAUAGUAUUAGGAUUGCCUAGAAGUCUUUCAAGGACUAAGAUUUGGAUAGAAGGGAGCUCCAAAGUCAUCUAGAGGCUGGCACUUUUUAUCAAGGAGGGAAU